AUGGCAGUGCCACCAUAAGUAUAUAAUUUAGGGAAUACAUGUAAAAGGUUUCUAUUCUCAGCAGAAUUGAUAGGGAUGCUUACACUUACAAUAUUUGAAAAUGAAUUAACAAUAUUGAUUGGAAUUCGAUUAUUGAUUGAGACUAUUGCUGCUGGAUAUUUUUAUCUAUAAUGUAGUGAUUCAACAGGUGAGCCAGUUGUAGAAUAAGAAGAUCAUGAAUUAUCUUAAUUAUCUUUUUCUAAUGUGAGGGGAGAUGAUGAAUAAUUUGAAUCUUUAACACCUGAUAGAAAUGAAUGUUAAGAAUGUAAAAUUAUAUAAUCUUACAGAACAAAACAUUGUUCUAAAUGUUAGAAAUGUAUACCUAAAUAUGAUCAUCAUUGUUUUUGGAUUGGUGGAUGUGUAGGUGAAUUAAAUCAUCGAAUGUAUUGGUUAUUUUUAUUCUUUUAAUGUUUACUAUGUUUUGAUGGAUUAUUUUAAUUUAAUAAACAAUUUGCAUAUUAUUCUACUUAUGAUGAAGAAUUUGGAAAUGAUGAAUACAAAUAUUAAUACUUUAUUAUUUUAUUAAUUGCAGCAACAUCAUUUGGAUUUGGAAUAUUUACAGGUGUUUUACUUUUAUAUCACACUAUGUUGAUAUUGACUGGUAAGACAACUUGGGAACAUACAAAAAGAGAAAAGAUUUCAUACUUAAAUUUUUAUCCUAGAUAUUAUCAUCCAUACAAUUAUGGAUACAUAUAAAAUAUAAAAUUAACAUUUUUUCAUAAAGGUAUAUAAUCUCAUUGGAUACCACCAUCAAAAGAUUAAAUAAAAGAAUAAUGCGAUAUAUUUGAUAACAAAUAUUACUCUUGUUGUUGA